GAAUUUAAUCACAUUUAAAAAUAAAAAGUAACUAAAGAACAUAAUGGUGAGCAAUUUUCUAAAAUCAUAAGAAGAGUCAGUAUUGUAACAGGAAUUUUCCGUUAAUUUGUGAUAACUAGGAUUUUAUACCCGUGACAACUAUUUAUGUACCUUCUUCGAAGAUCAUUUCGAUAGUUUAAUAAAACAUUAAUCCGGCGUUUCCUCGUGUUUGGCAUUGUCAAAAUCAUAAAAAUGGCGGAUCCAACCAGUUAUAAGAAUCGUCUGCAAAAUUUUAAGAACAAAGGAAAAGAUCAAGAUGAGAUGCGUAGGAGAAGAACUGAAGUUACAGUGGAGCUUAGAAAAAAUAAAAGAGAAGAAACUUUGCAGAAGAGGCGUAAUGUUCCCAUUGUUGACUCAACAGAUGAGGAUGACAUCGAAAAAUCUCUAUCAAAUACAAACUUAGAACAGUUAGUACAGCAAGCUGCAGCUGAUGAUAAUCCAGCAGUACAAUUAAUCGCUGUACAAUCUGCUAGAAAAUUGCUCUCUGCUGACAGAAAUCCACCCAUAGAUGCUUUAAUAGACAGUAAAAUCUUACCUGUACUUGUUAAAUGCUUAGAAAGGCAAGAUAAUCCUUCUUUGCAGUUUGAGGCAGCUUGGGCACUGACAAAUAUUGCUUCUGGUACCUCAGCCCAAACAAAUAAGGUGGUAGCAGCUGGAGCAGUUCCCCUUUUCCUUAUGUUAUUACAUUCACCACAUCAAAAUGUUUGUGAACAGGCUGUAUGGGCUUUAGGAAAUAUAAUUGGAGAUGGUCCUAUUCUAAGAGAUUAUGUUAUAGAAUUAGGAGUAGUUGAUCCUCUGCUAUCGUUCAUAAAACCAGAAAUACCAAUUUCAUUUUUAAGAAAUGUUACAUGGGUUAUUGUAAAUUUAUGCAGAAACAAAGAUCCUUCUCCUCCUACUAAGACUAUCGAAGAACUGUUACCUGCUCUAAAUGCUUUGAUACAUCAUACAGAUGUUAAUAUCUUAGUUGACACAGUUUGGGCUUUAAGUUACCUAACUGAUGGUGGCAAUCUUCACAUUCAAAUGGUUAUAGAUAGUGGUGUUGUACCAAAACUCAUACCUCUCCUUAGUCAUAAAGAAGUCAAAGUUCAAACAGCAGCUCUUCGUGCAGUGGGUAAUAUAGUAACAGGUACUGAUGAACAAACACAAGUGGUGCUUAAUUGUGAUGCCCUCAGCCAUUUCCCAUCAUUAUUAGUACAUCCUAAAGAAAAGAUCUGUAAAGAAGCAGUAUGGUUCUUGUCCAAUAUCACAGCUGGAAGUAGAUCACAAGUGCAAGCUGUUAUUGAUGCUGGGCUUUUACCGAAAAUAAUUCAUAAUCUUAGUAAAGGUGAUUUCCAAACACAGAAAGAAGCUGCUUGGGCUAUCACCAAUUUGUCUAUAGGCGGUAGUAGAGAACAAAUUGCUAGACUGAUACAGGAGGGGGUGGUGCCUCCUUUCUGUGAACUCCUCAACUGCAAAGAUGCUACAGUUAUCCAGGUUGUACUUGAUGGUAUUAAUAAUUUACUACAAAUGGCCGGUCCUCAAUUGGAACAGCUCUGCACAAUGAUUGAAGAAUGCAAUGGCCUGGACAAAAUUGAAGCUUUGCAAAAUCAUGACAACAUUAAAAUUUAUAAAUUGGCAUAUGAAAUUAUAGAGCAAUAUUUCGGAGGCGAGGAGGUGGAAGAUUCCAACAUAGCUCCAACAUCAGGAGAAGCAACAUUCAACUUCGAUCCAAAUACAAAUGUUCCAAAAGACUUCAACUUCUGAUCGUUCUAUGAAGAUGAUAAUUACUAAACGUUUACUAAAAGUAAUUAAGUCAUCAUUAGCCAGAAGAAAGCGUUGCUUCCUUACUUUAUAUCAAAAAACAAAACAAAAUACGAAUAUGUCUAUACAUACAUUUAAACAUGUACGUUCAUUUUAAGCUAUUCAUGUACAUAUUAUAUAUAUUUUUUUAUAUAUAAGACGAUAGAUUCGAACCCAAAAUGUUUUUUCUGAUUAGUUUUGAACUUGGGAAAUUUUAUAUAAAUACAAUAUGCAACCGAUUUUUCUCCUCUCAACGGUAAUAGACUGCGAACGUUAUGAUAUCACAAAGGCAAAUAUUAUGAAUUAUUUCACAUAAAAUAGUUUGUUUAACAGAGUUUAUAUGGAAACGUUUAUCUAAAAAUCAAUCACUAGAUAUCGUUUUUAUGUAUGUUAAUAUAAAAUCAAACUUUAAAAAAUAAGUAAAGUUUGUGGGAAAUCUAUAUUUUAUUUUUGUCACUCUUGAUCAAUAUAUUGAAGAGAUAAAUAAACUUGGCAACAAACUAUUGGAUGUAAAUCCUCUUUUGGCAAAUGCUUUAAUGUUAUCGUUUGUCAUAUUAAAUUAUUAAGCUGAUUUAACACUUUCGUUCAAAAAAAAAAAAUAAUAAUAAGAAUGAGGGUAAAAUAAAACAGAAGUUCUUUAAGAAUAGUUAAUAAUCUCUGCGCCCAAUGUGAUGUCAAACUAUAGUAGUCCUUUUGCCAUAUUUCAAGAAGUAAAAAAUCUGCAUAAGUGUUAAUUUGUAUAUAAAACAGUUGCGUUUUGUAUAUGUGAUAGAUGUACAUAAUUUUUGAAGUAGUAAACCUUUCGAUUUUUUAGGUUAAAUUAAACCUAUUGCGUUCCAUACCUAAAAAAAUGUUCGUAUAUUUAAAGUUAGAUGUGUUUAUGUAAAAUUUCCCAAAAUAUUGUAAAAUUUAUUUAGUUUUAAGGGACGAGGAAAAUCGAUGCUUUAUGUACCGUAUUGUAAAAACUUGGUUUAUUAUUUAAAUAUGAAAAAAUUGAUCUAAUUUAAUGACAAAGUACUGGGUCUGUGUAGUUUAUAUGCAACGAAGAUUCCAGAUCAGAACGAUUGCAAAUUAACAUUUUAUCAAUUUUUGUUACUUUUUAACUUGAUAACUCGUUAAAUUUUACAAGAAGUCUUCAGUAUAUACAGUAGGUGUUCAACACGUGACCCAGUACCGGACGCAUAGUGCUUAAAUUUGAUUUAUAUCCAUUUCAUGAGAAUAAAUGUGCGACACGUGGCAACACUAAAGAGCUGUUUUAUCUUUAUUUCAUUGAGCCUUAUAGGGUAUGCAAAUCCUUAAAAGUUGUCGAUUAUUGAGUAUUUUUUGGUAUCCCUAACUUUCAUAAUUAAAUUGCAGAUCGCAAACUGAUUGCAGAUCGUUGGUAUGUCGUCCAUGACACACGUUAUACCGAUAAUAUAUUGCAAUGCCCAAUUUGUAUUUCGUAAAAUUAAAGAUGAAUUUAAAAACCGACCACUUGGUUAAAUAAGAUAAAUCGAUGCCUUUAGCUAAUUUUCGGCCAAAUUAAAUUUCGUGCGAUAAUUAAAUAACCAUUUACUGAAUUUUUUAGUGGUAGCAUGAACACUGAAACCGGCAUUUAGGAUUUUCAUGCAUGAUAUGGCCGAUCGCAAAAGUAUAACUGGCUUAUUGCAAUCACUUCUCAUCCAGUUAAAUUCUCACUCAUAUGUAUAGGAUCAGAAACUUCAAAUCGAUCAAAAAGAAAUUUAAUCCUAUCUUAUAUAGUUGAACAGAAUCAGAUAUUGAAUUGAAUAUUAGAUAGCUUAAAAAGCUGUUUAUAGAAUGGGUUAAACAUCUUUGUCCGUUUUAAAAAUGGACUACUUACUGCAGCUAAUUUAAAUCAAUGAUUACUUGUUGAAGUAAUAGCUAAAACAAUAGGGCACUUGUAUAAUUUUUUAUUUUAUUUUUCUUUAAUAUUUGACCCAAAAUAGCUGUAUAUUUUAUACCCAAGCAAGACAGUAUAUUUUUUAACCCUUAUGGCAUUUUAUAUUUUAUUUUUAAUGUGGCAUUAAUUUUGCGCGCAUUAAUCAAACUCAAUAAAUCAAUCUCAAGUUAACUAAUAAUAUAAAACUUCGCAAAUAGACAGUAUUUCACAUUUAUAAGCUAUUAAUAAUUCAUUAUGUUAUUCAUAUGUAAAAGUGAAUGUUAACAAAAAUUGAUUUACUCGCAUUAUACAUUUAGUGAGUUAGUUAGGACAAUUUGAAAUAAAAUAUUUUGUUACAUAGGACUAUAUGCAUUAUGAUUAUAUAAUACAAAUUAAAUAAAAAAGAACCUUUUUAUAACAGAUAAAAUUAAACAAUAAAAAGUUUUAAAUGAAUCAUAAACAGUAUGUGGCAAAUGGUCAUAGAAAAAGUGACAGUCCGAUGUAAUGACAAUUUUUAAUUCUUGUAGAUGUUGCCAUUUUAUCUUGAAGAUUUUAUAUCGUUCGGUAAAUAAUUAAGGAUAUUUGGAUAUUGGUGGGAUAUUUCUUGGUCUUACAGGAAGAUCAGUGUAAUUUAAUUCCGUGUGAUCAAGUUUUACCUUAAUAAUAUGUCCUAACUGACUGUAGACAAUAGAUCUUAUAUCCAUAACAGUUGAAUCGUUUACUAUUCGUCUUGGGAGAAUAGAAGAAUACCUUAAAGUUUUGCUAUGAUCCUUGAAAAAAACAAAUCAAAAUUAAUGACCUCGUAUGGGUUUGGAAGCUUUCUAGCUUCUAAUCACUCGGAACUUUAAUUUCUCUAUUUUUUAAUUUUCUCUCAAUGCAUGCAUGCACCGAGAUGCACACCUCCAUCUGUGUAUGCCCAACUUAUAAAAAUUUCUGAUAUAUUAUGUAACAUACUGAAAUUUAAAAGGGCAUUGGUCAUAACUGCAUUCCGAUUCUGAGCAGUGCAUCCAUCCGAAAAAGUUGUUAUAGGUUUUUUAUUCUGUUACACAAUAUUUUGUAAACAAGAAGUAAAUGUUGAUGCAACAAGCUGAUUAUUCUGAUCUUCAGAAAACCAAUAGCAGCUUUGUAGCCAAAUUGUAUACUGUCAAGUUGUGGCAAGCAAGCUUGGUCUUAUAAUAAAAGGUAAAAAAGAUAAAAGGUUAAAAAUAAAAGGCGUUUGGUAAAGGGAGCUAAUUUUAGGGCCUGGAAAUCAAAUUAUAUUGUGAACUGAGCUUCACGUUUGUUUUUUUCCAUUUCAUCUCUCGAGUCCUGUUUACGUUUUUAAUGCGCUUGCCAUGCUUCUGUUAUUUUCCCGUUCUCUAGCUACAACACGCGUUACACUGGUGCUUCUUAUUGGGAAAAACUGAAAUAUUUUGUUGACUAUAAUUUCUGAAAACUUCUUUCUGCCAAGCGAGGAAACGCUUUCAACUUCGCAUUUACUAAGGUACAAUUUAAAAACAUCAGAAAUUGCAUGAAAUAUGGUUUAAAAAUAUAGUUUAGAUGAAUGUUUUCGAGCGUAGUGUGACGGCAUUUUAGGCAGAUCAUUUAAACAAUUUUGGAGGAACUUGAUUCUCCUUGCUAGUUCGGGUUGGUCACUUGUUUAUUGCGCUGAUCUGUUAGACAAGGGGUGUUAUAUGAACUUUGUUGACACCAUAUCUGAAUCAUUUUGUAAUUGAUACCAAGCGUGUUCAAAAACAUUUGUCGACAAACUUGCUUUACACCUUGCCAUUAUUUAGUCUAUACUGAAACGUAAAAUAGUGUUUUUCUUUUUCUCAAUUUUUAUCACAUGAGUAGUCACAAAUGAUUUUUUUGUGGCCAAGUGAUCUUCCAAAAUUUAUCAAAAAUAGCAUGUCUGAUAUUUUCAGUAAAAAGAGAACAUUGUCUAAGUUUUGAUCUAUGACACAAGGUACUGUUACAAGUUGACUUGAUUUUUCGGGCUGAUUGCUGGGUGUUUUGUUAGAACUUUUUAUUUUCACCCUUUGCAAAUCAAAGUUAAGGUUUGCCUUCCAUUCUCCACUAUUUAAGUAUUCAUCGGAUAAGCGAAAUAUUUCUGUGUAACUUUCGGUGUCAUUUUCAGGAUUUGAUCCUGAAAUAUUAUUUAAGUAAAAAUCAUUGAUCGUAUACACAGAAUAACCAUUAGCAGUGUGAGUAAUAUUAUGGAGAAAUCCAGAUUUUUCUGGAAGAGAUAUAAGAUUUUUUGAUUAUUAUUUAAUUGAAAUUAUUUCACUGCCAACAGUUUCGCCUCGGAUAGUUAUUAAAGUGACAGUGAAUGUAUCGGUCACUUCAGAAACCACAUUUUCCUAAAAAUUACGAAUUAAAAAUAUAGAGACUUAUGUAACCAUUAAAAAUGUUAGCUGAGCGGAGGGUUGGUUCAAUGUAUUGUAGGGUUCCAUCUGAAUCUGCAUCACAGAGACAAUGGGCAUAUCGGUAACCUUAGCAACCUAAUCACUCAAAAAUAAUACCCUAAUAGAAGGUGGAUUCAUUGAUUUAUUGCAGGUUUUCAUCGAAUUUUGUAGUCUACACAUAUUCACUAACUUGUUUCCUCUGUCUAUGAUUCUUCUGGAUUACACUGUAAUGUAAAUAAUAGCAGUUACCCCUAAUUUAUGUAUAAAAAGUAUUUAAAUUUAUAUUAUGAACAAAAACAAAUUGUCCUAUUUACAUAAGUAUUAAAUUCAACGUUAUUUUUAAUUUAAGGCUAUUUUGUGUUACUUAUCAUUGACGUUUAGUUUCAUCGUUAUCGUUAAAACUAAUUUGAAUUGAGAAUAAUGCAUUUGUUGUCAUUAAAUUUCAAAUCGCAGUGUGCUUUAACUGCUAAAACAGCCUUAAAUAAGAUUUUUAUCCAAUUCUAUACCGAUAAUACGAUGCCCACAGAAUUUAUGAAUCAAUACAUACCUUUUUUAUAGUAAAACAGGUCACUAUUUACAGGGAUUUUACCAAAAUAAUCAGCACAAUCUUCAUAGCCACUUCACGUAAAUUAGAAUGGACGUUAGAUAGGACGUUUCGCAUUCUAAAUAGUUUCUGUUUUCAAUAGGCCAAAUUGAAAUGCGCAGGUACCGAGACAACGUUGUCGCUUUUCGCAUAAUAUUCCUCAAUGGGGUGAUAAAUAGUCACAUUUAAGAUUGUUUCGACCAAAAAUAUAAAAAUCCGCAAAAUGCGAGAUAAGACAUUUUGCCUGCCCACCAUCGAUAUAUUAAUUUAUUAUAUUGUUUAGUUUAGAAAAUACAUUUAAAUUAAAUUAAAAAUUGCAUUAAUAAUUAAUAUUUAUGUUAUAAAAAUACAAUUUCAGUUUUUAUAUAAAAAAUUUUAAUACAUGCAAGUUCUCUAUUGAAAAAUGUACUCGUAGAUCCAUUACAAGUUCGGGGCUAUUGUAGUAAACUCUCGAUAUUGCCGAGAUAUAUCUUUAGUAUUUUGAUCUCAUCUAUAAAGAUAUAUCUCUCACAAAUAAACAAAUUUAAGUACUGUACAUAUUUAUUUUUUCGGGAUUUUGUAAAUUUUGUGCAAAACAAUUGAAAAUUAAAAAUGAACACAUAAUUAUUGUGAUGUAGAGUUUGAAGGAAAUGCUGAAGUGCAAAACAAACCAUUUAAAAUGACCGUACAUAGUCAAAAGGAUCUGAGCAUGAUAACUCGUAGAUAAUUUAUUAUUUUUUUAAGAAACGGAAAUGUGAUGUAUUAAACCAUAUAAUUUAUUGAAUAGAAUUGUGAUGCAAUAAAAAGUCAUGCGCAGAUUUUGUUAGAUUUUAUCCUAUUGUAUUUAUGAUAAUGAUAUUAACUUAAUAUUCUUUUGUUUCCACGGACAGUCUUCAGACUUGUUUAUAAAUAUUAUGAUACACGAUUUGUUUAUGGAUUAAUUGAUGGUUUUACUUUUUAGAACAGUCUAGAAACAUAAUAUCUGAUUUAAGCCGGUCUAUUAAAAUUGAAUUGAAUUUUUAGUAAUUAUAGUUAUGUAUUAUUUCAUUUAAAAUUACGUUAGGUAAACUAUAAAGAAGUCUGAAGAAUUCGUAAUGUUGUAAGGUAAAAUUUUUUAGGAGGUAAAAAUUGACUGUUUGCCCGUUGUUUAUAUAUUGUUUUUAUUUAUGAAAAAGGGACAUACAUUUUACAACUUUCGGACUUUAUAUGCUCGGUUUGAUUUUUUUAUUCUAAUUUUGGAAAUAAAUCUGAAGAAAUGUAAAUAAACAUUUUCCGUCUUGCUUUAUAUUUAAUUCAGUGGAAUUGACAAACACUUUCCUGUCCUUAAUGUUUUACUAAUUAGAAAAUAUCUUCAGUUGUACAUUAUUUAUAGUAAACAUUAAGAG